GAGUGUUAGAAGUAGUUAGAAUUUCGAAAACCGAAAAUGAUUAGAAAUAAUAUAAUAAUAAUGAUAGUGACAUUUUUCAAUAUGUCACUGGUUAUAGCUGCUUCGGUUGGACCAGAAAAUCUAUGGCAACGCACUCCAAGGAUUCUAAAUAAUGAUGAUUGGGAAAGAGGAACCAUUAAUUUUCUUUCACGGCGAAAACGCUCAUCUAUAAAUGACGACAUCAAUUUACAACUGAACGCUUUCGGUAAAAAUAUUUAUUUAAAUCUUCAAGAAAAAGAAAAUACGCUUUAUAGUUCAGCCACACCUGUUCACCAACUCUAUUCAAAUUCCCUCAUGUCACAAACGAUUAAAAUUAAAGGGCCAAACAUCCAGAGAAAAAUAUAUGAGGAUUCCCAAAAUCGUGCAUCGUUUGUCCUUGAUACUCUUCCAAAUGGAAGGAGAAUCAUUCAAAAUGGGUACAUUGGUUCUGAGAAUUUGACAAUUUCAGCAGAUUAUUCCUUAUUGCUGGAACAAUCAUCAAUCCUAUUAAACUCAUGGAAUACUCCUUCAACUAAUACAUAUAUAUUUCGGCGUGUUCAACACAAUAACUACCCUUUUGCUAACCCUAUUGAAUUGAACUACUACAACUAUCGAGUACCAUCAAAAUACAAUAACAAUAUACAGAUACCGAGUACGAUUUAUUUAGAAAUUUUAGUUAUAAUUGAUUAUGAACUCUUUACUCGUGUUGGACCGAAUCAAAUCCUCACAUAUGUUUUAACAUUUUGGAAUCAAGUUGAUACAUUGUAUCGAAGCUUAGAUCAACCUAAGUACAAACUAAAUAUCGCUGGAAUUGUUUUACCAAUGGAUCCUGUAGUUCUUGAGUAUUUCUCUAAAGAUUCGAAUGGCAGAUGGUAUUCCGAAAGCAUCAGCUAUCAUACGCUUGUGACUGAAAAUGGCAAAUGGUUAUUCAAAUCCCAAGAACUUCUGCCCCUAGAAAGUUACGAUAUUGCAGUAACUAUGACUCCACGACAAGAAGAACCUAUUGCAGUUUCUCCGAAUGAGUAUAGAGCUACUGUUGGAAUUUCGGCAUUGAAUGGAGCAUGCUUAAUCGAUCAUCGUUAUGGUCAAACACAUAGUGUUGCUAUUAUCUUGGAUGAUGGAAAUUUCAGUGGUGUCCAAACAGCUGCCCAUGAAAUUGGCCAUUUACUCGGAUCAAGACAUGACAAAUAUCCUUGUCCCGAGAGUGAUGGUUACAUAAUGGCACCAUCUUAUAGUUCAACGGAAAAUCGUUUCAAGUGGUCAAGAUGUACUUUAAGAGAUUUCGCAUACUUUUUAAGCUGGUUUAACAAUUGGCAGUCAGAACCUGGACUCAUCAUUGAAAUUGACUGAAAGGCAUUGCGUCGUUGAAACUAAUGAUUUCAUACUCGCCUCGAAUUUUAAGGCCUGAAUCAUCUUGGAUCCUAACUCCGAGCUCUCAGUUAUCCUACUUCCAGCGUCUCCGCAUUAUAAUAGAGUCAAAAUAAAUAUUUUUUAUUAUUGUACGAAUGAUAGUGGCCUUAACGAUCGAAACGAAUUUUUCUACUGUAGCGGUCCAUUGAAAAAGUCCAGGAUUUUAGUUAUUCCGAUUAUAACAUCCUUCCACAAUAUCUGCAAGGAGGCAUGUAAAUUUGCUCACAUAUUUUUUAAACAAAGGCGGCUAUAAUUACGUUGACUGUUUGAGAUGAUUAAAAUUUGGAUUAAUCUUUACCUGAUUCCAUAAAACUCUUAGGGCGUUUGAUGUCAGUACCUUAUUUUUAACAGUGAACGAGAUCAUUAGUUUCUCAUCAGUAUUGUCUCAUAGCAUUUAUUAGUGUUUUUCUAUAAAUGCUUUCUUUAUAAAAAUGGAUAAAAAGAAGAAAAAAAAAUUACUUUCGUCAGAAGUAGAUGAAUCGAUUUGUCAAAAAUUUUGACAUUCUAUUUUCUCCUAAGCGGCAAAAUGGAUCAGUUUGUCGCUUUUCUACCAUAUUCCGUAAAUCUUCUAUUCGUCAUUUAUUUAUUUUUUUGUUAUAAUUUUCUUAGACAGCAAUAUAUAGUUAAGUUAUAGAAUGAUCUAUAGACAUCGAUUAAUUGCAAAAAUU